CCCAAAAUUUCGGUUUCGUUUUUCACUUUGUUUCCAGGACUCGGUUAAAAAAAGGGAGAAGAUCCAGAGAUUAGAGAGGGCUGACGGCACCAUGUCUCUAGACCGAGUCCGGGACUACUGUAUUCAGACUUUGUGUUCCCGUUGUGGUUCGCUGAGCUACAGCAGUUUGCGCAGGGAGGUCUCCAGGUAUUUCAAGGUGUCAGACGGAGAGUUGUGCAAGUUACUGGCAGACGGGCAGUUGUUCACCGAAGUGCCGGCCGAGGUCUCAGGUCUCCCGGGCCUUCAGCUCAGCGGAGACUCUUUGAUCAUCGCCACCACUCCUGCAAGGCUGUGCAAUGACUUCCUCAAAAGAAAGUGCAGCGAUGGUGACUGCAGCCAACUCCAUCUGUGCAAGUUCUUCAUCUUCGACAACUGUAGGUUCGCCAAAGGAAGAAAUACCUGCAAUUUCUCACACGACAUCCAUUCUCGCCACAACUCCGCUGUACUGCGCGCUCACAAACUUCACCAUCUGAAAGAGGUGGAAUUGCGCCAGAUUCUGCUGCAGAAUGAUUCAUCCCUGUUGCCUGAGAUUUGUGUGUUCUACAACAAGGGCCUCGGGCAGUAUGGCAGCUGUACUUUCAAGCAUUCCUGCACCAAGCUUCAUGUCUGCCUUCACUUUGUCCAGGGCACCUGCAAGUUUGGGUUAAGCUGUAAACACUCUCAUAAUUUCAAAGACAGCAAUAACUCCUCUGUCUUGGAAAGUCUGAGCUUAGACCUGAUCAUGCGCCUGCCUCAAAUAUACCAGAAUAUAUACAACAUCAGAACUUACAGUGACUGCAAAGAUGAUGCAAGUGAACAUAACCAUCAUGCCGCCAGCACUGCCGCUGUGAAAGAGAAGAGACCUGCAUCCCGACUAUCUUCCAGCAGUUCCACUGGGGACAUGGACAAUGAAGAGAUUUGUCUCUACUUCAUCAGGAGCAACUGCAGCUUUAAAGAUAGGUGUAUGAGAGUUCACUUCAAGCUGCCUUAUCGAUGGCAGGUUUAUGAAAAAGCAUGGAAAGAUCUCCCAAAUAUGGAGAAGAUUGAAAAAGACUACUGUGAUCCCAAUAAAGCCAGAUCUGAAAAUAUUGAUUUUAAUACCAUGCUAUGCGGUUCGAACCAAGUUCGGCGCCUCUCCACAGCCUCCUCAGUUACAAAGCCCCCCAACUAUAUCCUCACCACGGAAUGGUUGUGGUAUUGGAAGGAUGAGAGUAGAGAGUGGGUUGAAUACGGGAAAGAGGAGAAGCUGCACUUGGCUGCCAGCAUCACAUCCGUUGAGCUGGAGAAGGCAUUUCUAGCAGACAGCAGUGGGAAAGUGGAAUUCACUGCAGGGAUACACCAGUAUAUGCUGAACUUUAAAGAAAUGCAGCAAACAAAUUCACGCAUUGGCACUUGCAGGGAAGUCAAGAGGAGGCCCAAAUUUAUCUCUGAACAGGACAUGAAGAGCCAGAUACAAAACCAAAGAAAAGCUGGACAGGGAAUUCCGGGCAUUUCUCAAGGAAAAAACCUUCCGGCUCACUGGGAUAAAUCAGCACUGUCAGAUGUGGGCUAUAAGCUGGUUCAGGUGGCUGAGUCCUCAGAUGAAUUUAAACAAGUGCAGUCCCUCUUUCAGCGGACCAUGAAGAAAAGUGUGAUACAGAAAAUUGAACGAAUUCAAAACAUCGCCCUCUGGGAAGUCUAUCAAUGGCAGAAGGAACAGAUGAAGAAGAACAAUAACGGCAAGGAUGUGGUUGAGAAACAGCUUUUCCAUGGCACGGACUCCUCGAUCAUUGAUGCAAUCUGCCAGCAGAACUUUGACUGGAGGAUCUGUGGAACCCAUGGAACGACUUACGGAAAGGGAAGUUACUUUGCCAGAGAUUCAUCCUAUUCCCAUAAUUACUGCCAAACAGGAAAAAGCACCUUAACCAUGUUUGUUGCUCGUGUGUUGGUGGGAGAGUCUGCAAGAGGGUGCUCAUCUUAUCUCCGGCCACCCUUGAAAGAUGGCAUGAAAAAAUGCUUUUAUGACAGUUGUGUUGACAGUGUCUCCAAUCCUUCUAUAUUUGUCGUAUUUGAGAAACAUCAGAUAUAUCCCGAGUACCUUAUAGAAUAUAAAUGUUAAGCAAAGAAGAAGCACAAGAUGGCUUAUUUUCUAUUGGCACCAGCUCAAUGGGUCUCAGCAAAGUGCAGAUGCACACAUAGAUGUGUUGCCUUCUUUGAUUAUUUUUACCUAAUUUUAGAAUAACAAUUCUGCUUUUUCAGGUUUUUUCCCUAAUUUCUGGUUAUUUCUAGUAAUUGUAGUUCAGGAAGGAUGUAUCAGCAACCCGCACUCUUUGAAUUAUUGUUAAGCUAACUAAGUUUGUGGCCUAAGGUAGAAGGAGUCAAUUUUAGAAAACCUAGCACAUUUAUUUUUCAACAUAGUCCCCUCCUACAUUUACACACUUAGUCCAACGGUCGUGGAGAAUACGGAUCCCUUCCUCGUAGAAGUCAGCAUCUUGGACCUCCAGAAAGUGGUCCACAGCAGGACUGAUUGGUAAGUUCGUGGCCUAAGGUAGAAGGAGAUGAGUUAUUAACUUCAAACUUUCUGCAUUUUCACUCAAAGAGUUGAACUGCACGUGCAUGUAACGCGAGCUGUAUAACUCAUCUCUUGAGGUAUAAACAAUUAAAUUACACCCUUGUCUAAAUAGAUGGAAUCUAAUGUUUUUGAUCCAAUGUUCUUAGAGAAGUCAAGAAUGGACAUAAAACUUGUUGCUUCACGAUCAUUUCAUUAAGUGCUCAGAGAACAAUGCAGUUGGAAGCAGGAGUAUCAGGAAGUCAACGAACAAAGAAGAAAGGAACAAAAAAGAAAAGAAAGAUGGUGAACAAAUGUGCUCUGCUCUUCUUACGCCCUAGAUAACAGUCACUCCUUUUAAAUUAGUAGAUAAGAGUUAACCAAUCUGAUAGCCCCAUUCAAAUAAUGUGAUACCCAAGAAGCUUCCAAAACAAUACAAAGAACUGUAACCACUAGAAGGCACACAGAACAAUUGCAUAUACAUAGGUAACUGCAUAAUAUACAAGCAGGCAUAACCUUUAAACUGCAAAGAAAAAUAACAAUUAUACAGUCCAGGCCAACAUUCCCCCUUUGAUUCUAAAUAACAUGUUUAGAGUCAUUACAUCUGAAAAUUCAGAGGCAGAAAAAUGUAUCUACAUUAGGUGUAAAAUAAUCAAAAACUACCUAAGUUAAGUAAAUAUCAGGGGCAUUCAUAGAGUUAUGUAAUUGUUAGGUAGACUAGUAGGCACGCUGGCAUGAGUGUGAUCUACUCAAUAAUGAUUGUCCUUAUUCAAGUAAAAAGGCAAAUUAUGAUAAAGCAUAAUUCAAUAUGAUUCAUAAUGUUGAGUAACUCCAGCUUACUAGACUUAAAUGAACCCAAUCAAAGAAAUCUCAUCCACCAGAUUGAUGUAUUUUAGCUACUUCUUUAUGAAUAUGAUCAGCUAAAUAAAUCAGUUAUGUUUUCAGAUUUGUCAGAUAUGUAAGUACACUGCACAGGUUUCCCCCCCUUAACUGCUAAGAGGAGAUCUCAUGCCAUACAUUUUUAAAGAACCAGACCAAAUGUGAAAAUACAAUUAAUAUAUAAAUAAUACUGAGAACGUAAGUUGUGGAGUCCUUGAAAGUAGUCCAUUAGUUGUGGGAUCAGUUCAUUGUUUGGGUGAGUGAAGUUAAGUUAUCCAUUGCCAGUUCAGAAGCCUGAUGGUUGAAGGGUAGUAACCGUUCCUGAACCUGCUUCUGCGUGAGCUAAACCACGCAGCUAAGGCUCCUGUGCCUCCUUCCUGAUGGCAACAGCGAGAAGAAAGCAUGGCCUGGAUGACUUGAGGACUGGAAAGGAAGGGGGUCAGA